AUGGCAAACUCCCCCCACGGCGGCGUCCUCAAGGACCUCUUUGCCCGCGACCUGCCGCGCCAUGCCCAGCUCCUCGACGAGUCCGAGAAGCUCCCUGCCAUUGUCCUGACCGAGCGCCAUCUCUGCGAUCUCGAGUUGAUUCUCAGUGGCGGCUUCUCUCCCCUUGAAGGCUUCAUGACGGAAAAGGACUACAAUGGAGUCGUCGAAAAGAACCGUCUCGCCGAUGGCUCGCUCUUCAGCAUGCCCAUCACCCUCGACCUCGGCCAGGAGCAAAUCUUCAAGCUCGGCGUCAAGCCCGGCGCCCGCAUCACCCUGCGCGACUCGCGGGACGACCGCAACCUGGCCAUCCUGACCGUCGAGGACAUCUACCGCCCGGACAAGGUCAAGGAGGCCAAGCACGUCUUUGGCAGCGACGACGAUACCCACCCCGGCAUCAAGCAUCUGUUUAGCGCUGCAAAGGAGUUUUACGUCGGAGGCAAGCUCGAGGCCAUCAACCGUCUGGAGCACUACGACUUUCUGGAUCUGCGCUUCACUCCUGCCGAACUCCGGUCCCACUUCAACAAGCUUGGGUGGCAGAAGGUGGUUGCUUUCCAGACGCGGAAUCCCAUGCACCGAGCCCACCGUGAGUUGACGGUGCGCGCGGCUCGCUCGCAGCAGGCCAAUGUCUUGAUCCACCCCGUCGUCGGCAUGACCAAGCCUGGCGACAUCGACCACUUCACGCGGGUCCGCGUCUACAAGGCUCUGCUGCCCCGGUAUCCCAACGGCAUGGCGGCGCUGGCUCUCCUGCCGCUGGCCAUGCGCAUGGGCGGCCCCCGCGAGGCCCUCUGGCACGCCAUCAUCCGCAAGAACCACGGCGCGACGCACUUUAUUGUCGGGCGCGACCACGCCGGCCCCGGCAAGAACAAGCACGGCAAGGACCACUACGGGCCGUACGACGCGCAGGAGCUGGUCAAGCAGUACCAGGACGAGCUGGGCAUCAAGAUGGUCGAGUUCCAGGAGAUGAUUUACAUCCCCGACAAGGACGAGUACAUGCCGGCCAACGAGAUCGCCGAGGGCACGCGCACCAUGAACAUCUCGGGCACGGAGCUGCGGAGCCGGCUCAAGACGGGCAAGGAGAUCCCGGCGUGGUUCUCGUACCCAGAGGUGGUGCAGGUGCUGCGCGAGCAGAACCCGCUGCCGCGCGAAAAGGGCUUCACCGUCUUCAUGACGGGCUACCAGAACAGCGGCAAGGACCAGGUGGCGCGCGCGCUGCAGACGACGCUCAACCAGGGCGGCGGGCGGCCAGUGUCGAUGCUGGUGGGCGAGACGGUGCGGCACGAGCUGUCGUCGGAGCUGGGCUUCAGCAGGCAGGACCGCGACCUCAACAUCUCGCGCAUCGCCUUUGUGGCCUCGGAGCUGACCAAGGCCGGCGCCGCCGUCAUCGCGGCCCCGAUUGCGCCCUUUGAGGAGGCGCGGAAGCAGGCGCGCGAUCUGAUUGAGAAGUCGGGGCCCUUCUUCCUCAUCCACGUCGCCACGCCGCUCGAGUACUGUGAGAAGACGGACCGGAGAGGCACCUACAAGGCGGCGCGCGCCGGCAAGAUCAAGGGCUUCACCGGCGUCGACGACCCGUACGAGAAGCCGCAGACGCCGGACCUGGUCGUCGACCUGGAGAAGCAAAACGUGCGGUCCAUUGUGCACGAGAUAAUCCUGCUGCUCGAGAGUCGGGGUCUCUUGGACCGGCUGUAA